UACUCAAAAUACCUAUCGAACCAUCGUGUACAAUGUUCCAGCACUGAUAGCUCUUAACACAAACAGCUACGUCAACAACAUUAAAAUGAAUGAGUCGGAAAUACCAAUUGACAUUCAUACGUUGAAGCUCCAGGAUUGGCUUGUGAGCAGGCGUAUUGUUCCGAAAAAUAUUCAAGCCGCGCUCAAGGACAUACACUCAAAGAUCAGCAAUGCUCUGCAAGACAUGCCCGCCAAUGAUCAGUUGAUCAAAUUGUUAUCUGGUUCAAAUAUAAACUAUUUGCACGUCAAGGAGAUAAUCGAAAUACUCAAGCAAACUGAAAAGGAUACCAAAAGCGUCUUUGGCACCUAUGGCAGUCAGCGCAUGAAAGACUGGCAGGAAGUUUGCCGUCUGUAUGAGAAGAACGCCACGUACCUCGCGGAGACUGCGCAGAUAUAUGUGCGCAAUGUAAACUACGAAAUACCUGGAGUACGAAAGCAGAUGCUCAAACUUGAGCAGCAAAUUGAUGAGUCCUUGAAGCGCGCCCACGACCUCAAUAAGCCAGAGGCACAGCUGCUCGCAGAGCAUGCCGCCUUGCUGGAACAGUUGGGCGUAAAGGGCGAGAACUUGCAUUCGGAAUUCAUUGAAGUGCUGGCAGGACUACCGGAUCUGUACGCCAAGUCCUUGCAGGACAUUGGUAGAGUGCAAGCAGGCAUCGAUUUAUAUGCCCAAUUCAGUGGACAGCAACAAUGUUUGCCCAUUCUGCGUCAUUUGGUGGAGCAUGGAAACACUACAGUCUAUCAGUACAUUCACAAGGAAGCACCUCUGGCCAUUGAGGAACCAGAGCUGCGUCUCAACUUCAGCGGCUCGAAUUCGAGCAAAGAAACCGAGGGCAAUGAAAUUGACUUUGGUACUGACGACAAUGGAGGAACAUCCUCGACAGUCUCAGCGGAAAUGAUUGACUAUGGCGACUUCCAGGAAACCGACGGCGCCAACAUAGAUUGGGGCAUUGAAAGUGCGCCAACAAAUGCCGUCGAGAUCAACUUUGACAUACCUGUCGAGGAGUACGGCAUUGUGGUUGAGGGCACCGGCAUGGAUGGUGGCACAGCUAAAGGUGAUCAGGCCUACACGCUGCUGGACUCGCCCAACUAUCGGGAUCGUUUUCUGGACGAGAUACACGAGCUGGAGGCAUUUUUGCGUAUGCGCCUCUAUGAGCUGAACCACUUGGAUUCGUCCAGUAACAUUAUGUUCUCACUGAUGGACAACAUCUCGACCCACGACAGCGAGAGCAUUACCAAAAUAUUAAGCGAUGUUGAGAAGAUCAUACAAAAGACCUCGGAUGAGCAGACGCGUCACCUCUUCCAACUGAAACACUCACCCAAAUAUGCCGAUUUGCUGACCAGCAAACUGCAGCAGAUGACGAAAGCCGUGGAGAAGCUACGCACGACUCGCGAGGUGCUGAAGCAGCGUGCCGUCGAGCUGCGCGAGCAGCGCCAGCAAUUGAAUCCAGUCUUGGACGAACUGAUAGCACAGACCCGAGCGUUACAGACCUAUAUUGAAAAGGAUAUUUCCAAGCGUUACAAGAAUCGCGUUGUGAAUCUAAUUGGCGGCGUAAAUUAGAUGUGUGGCCAUAAAUGUUUCUGUACAGUUUUGAAUAGGGUAUAUGUUUGUGAAGCUAUGGAAAAGUGCAAAUAAAAUGUUGAAAAUUAAAUUUUUGUAA